AUGAGGGCCCGGGGUCUCUCCUGCACUCACUCGAUCUUCAUUGCCCGUGUCUCCGUGCUGCCAUCUCGCUGCCAACUGCCAUCUGGGCUUACCAACCGCCUCACUACAGGCUGGCAAAGUCCCCGCUCUGAGCCCCCAGCCACUCUGAGCCCCCAGCCACUCCAGUCCCCCAGCCACUCCAGUCCCCCAGCCACUCCAGUCCCCCAGCCACUCCAGGCCUCCAGCCACUCCAGUCCCCCAGCCACUCCAGUCCCCCAGCCACUCCAGUCCCCCAGCCACUCCAGUCCCCCAGCCACUCUGGGCCUCCAGCCACUCCAGUCCCCCAGCCACUCCAGUCCCCUAGCCACUCCAGUCCCCCAGCCACUCCAGUCCCCCAGCCACUCCAGUCCCCCAGCCACUCCAGUCCCCCAGCCACUCUGGGCCUCCAGCCACUCCAGUCCCCCAGCCACUCCAGUCCCCCAGCCACUCUGGGCCCCCAGCCACUCCAGUCCCCCAGCCACUCUGGGCCUCCAGCCACUCCAGUCCCCCAGCCACUCCAGUCCCCCAGCCACUCCAGUCCCCCAGCCACUCUGGGCCCCCAGCCACUCCAGUCCCCCAGCCACUCCAGUCCCCCAGCCACUCUGGGCCCCCAGCCACUCCAGUCCCCCAGCCACUCUGGGCCCCCAGCCACUCCAGUCCCCCAGCCACUCCAGUCCCCCAGCCACUCUGGGCCCCCAGCCACUCCAGUCCCCCAGCCACUCUGGGCCUCCAGCCACUCCAGUCCCCCAGCCACUCCAGUCCCCCAGCCACUCCAGUCCCCCAGCCACUCCAGUCCCCCAGCCACUCUGGGCCUCCAGCCACUCCAGUCCCCCAGCCACUCCAGUCCACCAGCCACUCUGGGCCCCCAGCCACUCCAGUCCCCCAGCCACUCUGGGCCCCCAGCCACUCCAGUCCCCCAGCCACUCCAGUCCCCCAGCCACUCCAGUCCCCCAGCCACUCUGGGCCUCCAGCCACUCCAGUCCCCCAGCCACUCCAGUCCCCCAGCCACUCUGGGCCCCCAGCCACUCCAGUCCCCCAGCCACUCUGGGCCCCCAGCCACUCCAGUCCCCCAGCCACUCCAGUCCUCCAGCCACUCCAGUCCCCCAGCCACUCUGGGCCCCCAGCCACUCUGGGUCUCCAGCCACUCCAGGCUCCUGGCCAAUCCGGGCCCACAGCCACUCCAGUCCCCCAGCCACUCUGGGUCUCCAGCCACUUCCACGAUGCCAUCAACUGCUAGAGCACUGCCUCUGCACAUCAACAGCCCCAUGGACCACUGGCAAAGUCCCUGCUCUAGGCCGCCAGCUGCUCCGAGCCUCCAGCUGUUCUGGGCACCCAGCCACUGCCACUGCUGCCACAGCCUCCACGAGCAAACUCACUCCAAAAGGUAAGUAG